AUGGAGGAAACUAAGCUCAGGCCAUUCAAGGUCGUCAUUGUGGGAGCUGGCCUUUCCGGUCUGCUGCUGGCUCAUCUCCUUACCCAAGCCAGCAUAGACUUCGUCAUUCUAGAAGCACACAAGAAUGUGGUUCAUCCAGCCGGUGGAAGCUUUGGCUGUUGGCCGAACGCUGCGAGGAUUUUAGACCAGGCAGGUUUUUGGGAAAGUGUAGAGAAGAGCGGCGCCCCCAUGGGGCUCAACUACAUCCGCAAGCCCAAUGGCUCAGCGUUUAUCACGAGCAGCUUAUCUAGCAAGAUCGCCUCCGUGUACGGAUAUGAUUUCCGAAUCCUCGAAAGAUAUCGGUACCAUCAGAUUCUGUACGAGAAUCUUCCAGACAAGUCGAAACUUUGGACUGGCAAGCGAGUAACAGACAUUAUCGAAGACUGUAACGGCGUCCGAGUUGUUUUCGAAGAUGGAAGUUGCCAAGGAGACAUUGUUGCCGGCUGCGAUGGUGUUCAUAGUGUCGUACGCCAGAUCAUGUGGGAAAAGGCCAACAAGCUGUCGCCGGGUUUGAUAAGUGCCAGAGAGAAAAGAUCUCUUACUUCCUCUUACCGCUGUCUGGUUGGAGCAGCUCCGGCCAUUGCCGGCAUUGGCGCAAAUGAAUCCAAUAUGAUACAGAAUCAAGGAGUCUACAUGGUGAUCGUGAGCCAGCCUGGUCAAACACUAUUCUUCGUUUGCAUUAAAGAAGCCAACGUAUCGCAUUGGCCGCAAAGAUCUCAUUUCACCAAAGAGGAUGCCGAAAAGGAAGCAGCCAAGAUUGCCGAUCGACCAGUCACGGCACAUGUCCUAUUUGGAGAGAUCUGGAUGAAGCGCACUCGGGGCUAUUUGACAUCCCUUGAGGACGGUGUUUUUGAGCACUGGUUCUUCAAUCGCAUCGUGCUGGUGGGUGACUCUGCACACAAGAUGUCACCCAUCGGAGCACAUGGAGGUAAUUGUGCAAUUGAGAGUGUGGCUGCUUUAGCCAAUUCUUUGGAUCGCCACCUGCGUCCCUGUUCUGACACGAGUGCCAACAGCAAGACCAUUCAGUCUAUCUUCGAAACGUAUCAGAGAACGAGAGAGGCACGCGUGCGGAAAUUCGCUGGCUCUGUCCACCUCAUGACAAGACUAGUGACAUGGGAUGGUUAUACAAAGAAAUUUGUGGCACGAUAUGUGCUGCCGUGGUUGAACGAGGUUACUUUUGUAGGCAAGCUGAUCAGAGACGCGGUGAAAGUUGACUUCCUUCCAAUACCGAGCCGGUCGAAGGGAUUCUUCGACCAAACCAGCGACGAGGGUAAGCGAUAG